CUGGAAGAGCCGCUGGAAGGCGUAGUAGCCGCAGGACAACGCCACAAAUAUCCAAAAGACACCGUUUAUCAGCAAUAUGACCUCGUCGUUGGCCAAAAUCGAGGACUUUCCCUCCGAUCCCGUGGAGUUUUUUAAGGAGAUCCUGCAGGAAGCUGCCAAGGGACAUCCCGAUGGAUUCAUGCAGGAAAUGAACCUGGCCACCGUGGACGAGGAAUUCGGGGUCCUCAACCGCACCGUCCUGUACCGAGGACUGACCCAGGAUAACUGUGUGUUCUAUAUCACCCAUCGGUAUGUCCGCAACUUCAAGAAUCUUCAGGCCAAUCCCAAGGCCUGCAUCACCUUCUAUAUGCCGGAUGUUAAGGAUAAGGCCGGAAUUCAGAAUAGCUGGCAGGUGAGAUUGAUUGGAGCCACCGCUGUGGAACUGCCCCAAAGCGAAACGGAUGCCUUGUGGGCCAAGGAGAAUUUGGCUGCCCAGAUCAGGGGUCACAUAUGUCCCUGUGGAGAACCGAUUAACUACGAUGAUCUCAAGGCGAGGCACGAUCAGUUCCUUGAGGAUCACAGAGGAAAACCUAUCGAAAAACCAGCAAGCUAUACCGCUUGGAAAUUCCAACCACAGCGUUGGGACUUCCUGAAGGUGGGUCUUGACCAAAUCGCGGAUCGGGUGCAGUACCGCCUUCAAAAGGAUGGCAAAUGGGAAUCCAUGCACGUGUCCACCUAAACGGUGGCAUGCCGGCAGUGAAAACAUGAUCUUCAUUUUGGACGAUUUCAUUUUAUUCAACAAUAUCUUUCUACAAACAGCUAAACGUACAGACUAACAACUAAAUUUGCUUCCUUCUCGACAUGUUUAACAUACAAUUACAACAUAGUUAAUAAAUAUUACACAAAACAGCAAAAAAAAGGACGUUUAAAAAAUACAGUUAGCAUAAAGUUACAUAGGUUCGAGUAACAUUAGAGCAGGUUAGUUACAUACAUAUGCUUAAUUGCCUUAGUUGCUUUGCUACACACACACAUAAUACCCAGUGAGUUUCGGUUCCGUUUUCUACACAAAUGCGCUGAGGGGCGUGCCCCCCUCGCCCCGCCCCCGGGUGGACUAUUCCGACUAUAUCGCGCUGAUCGUCUCGCGGAUCCAGGCGGCAUUCGAGGCGAUCUUGUCGUACAUCCUUGGUCGCUCCACGCCCGUGGGUCCGCAAGCGAUCCGCCAGGAGGAGACCCCAAUAAGCGCCCACUGAUUCGUUCCGGGAAUCAGGCACUGGACUGGCGCUCCCGAGUACUCCUCUUGCUGAAAGUGUACAGAACAAAAGAAAACAUUUUUAAAAAUUCAGUAUUGAUAAAAUGUAAUGUUGGUCCACUCUAAGAAAUGCAAUGUAAAUGUUAAGCCUCAGCUAAAUUAUUUUAACAUUUACAAUUUAAAUGUCAACAGUUAUUGUCCACUGCAUAAUUAAAUAUUUUAAAAAUAUUGAAUAUUGUGAGACCCACUCUACUGUUUUAAUAUUUCACCAUCGAAUUAAACUCGUGCCACCCCAAUUGGCGAUCGUGACGUCACACGCACGCGACAUGCAGCAACGCGUUUGGCGUAGAGCAACAACAACAAGCAGUCGAAACAAAAACAAAAUACAAUGAGUAAUAUCUGGAUGCCUCUCUUUCUUACUCUCUCCAAUUGCCAUUCAAGUGAGCACGAGCGAACAAACACAUGCAUACACACUUAUUUGCAACCCCCGUUACCUGCGAAGGUUUACCUAGGAUAGCAAAGAGAACAACAACUAUGAGUGCAGCUGCAGUCAUAUAAAAGGGAAAAAGGAGAUAGCUAGAAGAAGAACCAAGAAACACCGCAAAAACAAGAAAACACAUAAAACAGAGCGCCAACAGUUGACUUGCAUUCAUUCGAUCGGCAACUUUCCAAGAGAACGCAUCGCGGAGAGAAAAAUAGUAGA